AAUAUUCUAUGAUCCACUUCUAACAAAAAUACAAAAGAAAGAAAAGCAAGGGUACAAUUUAGAAAUUAGAUGGCCAAAAAGUUUAAAUAAAGUAGAGACCCAAUCACAAAAUAUGCAUAUACUAGUUAUAGUAUAUGCAGAUGACACUAUCUUUAUCAUAUUCAGUAAAGAAAAGUUGGAGAAAAUUAUAAAAAUAGCACAAGAUUUUUAUAAAAUAAAUGAUAUUAAGAUUAAUAGCAAAAAGUCUGAGCUUUUAAUAGUAGGAGGGAAAAAGACAAAAGAACUCAGAUAUAUAGAGAUGGGAGCAAUAUAUAAUAAAGUUACAGAAAGGAAAGCAAAUGAA